AUGUCUGAUAAUAUGCAAAUUGAUUCACCAUCUCCUCAAGAGAUUGAUGAAGGAUUGUAUUCACGUCAAUUAUAUGUCUUGGGUAAAGAAGCAAUGUUAAAAAUGCAAAAUGCAAAUGUAUUAAUAAUUGGUUUAAAAGGUUUAGGAGUUGAAAUUGCUAAAAAUAUUGCAUUAGCAGGAGUUAAAUCAUUAAGUUUAUAUGAUCCAUCUCCAAUUGAAAUUCAAGAUUUAUCAACACAAUUUUUCCUUAGUGAAAACAAAAUUGGACAACCAAGAGAUGAAAUAAGUGCAGAAAAAUUAAGAGAAUUAAACUCAUAUGUUCCUAUUAAUAUUGUUAAAAAUAUCGAUGAAUCUACUUUACUAAAAUUUAAAUGUAUUGUAUCAACUAAUAUCACUUUGGAAGAACAAGUUAAAAUCAAUCAAAUAACUCAUGCAAAUGAUAUUGGAUAUAUAAAUGCAGAUAUAAGAGGUUUAUUUGGACAAAUAUUUGUUGAUUUUGGUGCAAAUUUUACCAUAGUUGAUCAAACUGGAGAAGAGCCAUUAACAGGAAUUGUAUCAGAUAUAGAAAAAAAUGGUACAGUUACAAUGUUAGAUGAAAGUAGACAUGGAUUAGAAGAUGGAGAUUAUGUUAAAUUUAGUGAAGUGCAAGGAAUGCCAAAAUUAAACGAUGGAAGUAUACAUAAAGUAGAAGUAUUAGGACCAUUUGCCUUUAAAAUAAAAAUAGAUGAAAGUUACGGAACUUAUGAAAAAGGUGGAUUGUAUACACAAGUUAAAGUACCAAAAGAAAUUAAAUUUGAUUCAUUAUUAGAUCAAUUACAAAACCCAGAAUAUUUGAUUUCAGAUUUUGCAAAAUUUGAUAAACCACAACAAUUACAUAUUGGUUUCCAAGCAUUACACGCUUUCCAAACUAAAAAUAGUAAUAAAUUACCAAGACCAUAUAAUGUAGAAGAUGCAAACGAAGCUUAUAGAUAUGCUCAAGAAUUAGCCACCCAAAAUAAAUUUGAAGAAGAACUUAAUGAAAAAUAUUUGAAAGAAUUAUUCUAUCAAGCUCAAGGUGAUAUUCCAGGUAUUGUUGCAUUUUAUGGUGGUUUAAUUGCUCAAGAAGUUUUGAAAUGUUGUUCAUCUAAAUUUACUCCAAUAAAACAAUGGUUGUAUUUUGAUUCAAUAGAGUCAUUACCAAGCGGUAAAGAUUAUCCUAGAAAUGAAGAAACUUGUAAACCACUUGGUUCAAGAUAUGAUGGUCAAAUUGCAGUAUUUGGUAAAGAAUUUCAAGAAGCUAUAUCUAACUUAAAAAUAUUCUUAGUUGGUGCAGGUGCAAUUGGUUGUGAAAUGUUGAAAAAUUGGGCAAUGAUGGGAUUAGGUUCAGGACCAAAUGGUAAAAUUUAUAUUACUGAUAAUGAUUCAAUUGAGAAAUCAAAUUUAAAUCGUCAAUUUUUGUUCAGGCCAAAAGACGUUGGUAAAAAUAAAUCUGAUUGUGCCGCGGAAGCUGUUGUUGUAAUGAACCCUGCAUUAAAAGGUAAAAUUGAUUCAAGAUUAGAUAAAGUUGGCCCUGAUACUCAAAAUAUUUUUGAUGAUAAAUUCUGGAAUAACUUGGACCUUGUUACCAAUGCAUUAGAUAAUGUUGAAGCUAGAGAAUAUGUUGAUGGACGUUGUGUAUUUUUCAAAAAACCAUUAUUAGAAUCUGGUACUUUGGGUACUAAAGGUAAUACUCAAGUUGUUGUACCACACUUAACUGAAUCAUAUUCUUCAUCUCAUGAUCCACCUGAAAAGGCAAUUCCAUUAUGUACUUUAAGAUCUUUCCCAAGUAAAAUAGAUCAUACCAUAGCUUGGGCAAAGUCAUUAUUCCAAGGAUAUUUUGUUGAAUCACCAGAAAGUGUAAAUUUAUAUUUGAGUCAACCGAAUUACGUUGAACUGUCAUUAAAACAAAAUCCAGAUAAAGUUGGAACUUUAGAAAAUAUUUCAAAAUCAUUAAAUCAAAGACCAUAUACUUUUGAAGAUUGUAUUAAAUGGGCAAGAUUGGAAUUUGAAACUAAAUUUAAUCAUGAUAUUAAACAAUUGUUAUAUAAUUUCCCACCGGAUGCUAAAAACUCAAAUGGUGAACCAUUCUGGUCAGGUCCAAAACGAGCACCAAAACCUUUGGAAUUUGAUAUAAAUAAUCAAAAUCAUUUAGAUUUUAUUAUUGGUGGUGCUAAUUUAUUAGCUUAUAUUUAUGGAUUAAAAGAACAAAAUAACUUAGAUGAUUACAAGAAAGUCUUAUCUAGUAUUGAAAUACCAGACUUUAAACCAAAAUCAGGUGUGAAUAUUGCUGCUACUGAUGCAGAAGCUGAGGAACAAGCUAACAAAUUAUCGGGAUCAAUUGAUGAUGAAGCAAUUAGAAAAAUUGCAGCUACUUUACCUGAACCAAGUACAUUAGCUGGUUAUAGACUAAAUCCUAUUGAGUUUGAAAAAGAUGAUGACACAAAUCAUCAUAUUGAAUUCAUUACCGCUGCUUCAAAUUGUAGAGCUUUGAAUUAUGGUAUUGAAACUGCUGAUGCUCAUAAGACUAAAUUUAUUGCUGGUAAAAUUAUUCCAGCUAUUGCAACUACUACUGCAUUAGUUACUGGAUUAGUUUGUCUUGAAUUAUAUAAAGUUGUUGAUAAAAAAGAUGAUAUUGAACAGUACAAAAAUGGAUUUAUUAAUUUAGCAUUACCAUUUAUUGGAUUUUCAGAACCAAUAAAAUCAAAUAAAGCCAAAUAUGGUUCAAAAGAAUUUGAUGAAGUUUGGGAUCAAAUAAUUAUAGAUAAAGAUAUAACAUUACAAGAACUUAUUGAUAAAUUUGCAAACGAAGAUAAAUUAGAAAUUUCCAUUUUGUCUUAUGAUGUUGUUGUAUUAUACGCUACUUUUUUCCCACAAAAGAAGAAACAAGAAAGAUUAAAUAUAAAAAUUUCUGAAGUUAUUAAAUUAGUUACCAAGAAAGAAAUACCAUCUCAUGUACAAUUUUUGGUUUUACAAGCUUGUUGUGAAGAUGAAGAUGGUGAAGAUGUAGAUAUUCCUCCAAUUAGUAUUAAAUAUAAAUAA